CGGCAGCUCAACCUCUUUGACCGACAUCAAAUAAAGUAGCGAGUUCAGUGCUGCUGACAACACAAGAAAGGCCACCACGCUGCACAACAACCACCACACGUCAACCACCAUCAUCAUUCGCCACGACUUGAUCUUGGAGCCGCAACAGCCAGCAACCAGCACCCGCAUCUACCAUCAUCAUGGAGUCCCCUUUGCGUGUGGGUAUCAUGAGCACCGCCUUUAUUGGCAAGAAGACCAUUCAGGCCAUUGGAAAAGCCGCCGGCGCCGAAGUGGUCGGCGUCGCCUCCCGCUCGCUGGAAAAGGCAGAGGCGUUUGCGAAAGAACAAGGCGUGAGCAAGGCGUAUGGCACGUAUGAAGAGAUGCUCGCUGAUGCGAACGUGCAGGCAGUGUACAUCCCGCUGCCAACAGCGUUGCGGGCUGAGUGGGUGAUCAAGGCCGCCAAAGCAGGCAAGCACAUUCUGUGCGAGAAGCCGGCCGCAACGAGCCUGGCCGAGCUGAAGGAGAUGAUCAAGGCAUGCGAGGACAACCAAGUCUUGUGGAUGGACGGCGUCAUGUUCAUGCAUCACGACCGCGUGCAGCGUGUGCAGGAGCAAGUGGCCAAGGUUGGACCCGCCACAUUCGUCAACUCUGGCUUCUCCUUCUCCGGCAGCGACGACUUCCUGUCCAACGAUAUCCGCAUGUCCCCGGACCUGGAGCCCUUUAGCGCGCUCGGCGACCUCGGCUGGUACAACAUCCGUGCCACCAUGAUGGCAUAUGGCUGGGACAUCCCCGCACGCGUCUCUGUGCACUCGCACCGCAACGUCGACGGCAAGAACCUGCCGAGCGAGGUCACCGCGACGAUGGUGUACGGCGACGAGCGACGCGCCACCUUCCACAGCAGCUUCCACCACGCAUUCCGGCAGACGCUUGACAUCAGCGGGCCCAACGGCCAGAUUGUGCUGGACGACUUUGUGCUUGAGCGCACGCCUGAGGAGGUGCAAUUCUCCGUCAUCACGGACUCGGGCCCCAACUCCGACCACCAGACGGUGUCUGACACCACCACCAUCGUCACGGUCAAGGGCUGCUGCCAGGAGCAGUGCAUGUGGGAGCGCUUUGCUCGGCUCGUUGCCAAGGGCAAGGAGGCCUCUGAUGCGUCCACCAACCCGCUGGAGACGUGGCAGUUCUGGAAGGAUGUGUCUCUCAAGACACAGGCUGUCCUCGACGCAUGUGCUGCGUCCGCCAAGCAGGAUGGCGCGUUUGUUGCCGUCGCCCUCUAGCUUGCUUGUCGGCACGACGGGCUUUGCUCGCCUCCUGCUUCCCCGCUGUUUGUGCUACAGCUACAGCUGCUGCUGCUGCUGCUGCUGCUGCUGACACAAUGUGACUCAAAACACCCGUGUGUGUGUGUGUGUGUGUGUGUGUGUGUGU